AUGUCCGCCCUGAGAGAGGAGCAGAUGUGUGUGAAGGCGCUGCGGCUGCUCUCGGACCUGUGCUCGACGGGCGAGGUGCGGAACGACCUCUGCUCCGACUUCAUCUUCCACCUCCGAGAGGUGUCCCGACCGAGCCGCUCGGACCCAGAUGUUUCUGUGAGUCUCCUUUCAUUGGUGGUGACAGCCUGUGGCCUGGCCCUCUUUGGGGUCUCACUCUUUGUCUCCUGGAAGCUGUGCUGGGUGCCAUGGAGGGAGCGCAGCCUCUCUCCCUGCACCAAGCACAGCCAGGUGGAGACGCAGGCCGUCCACAGCGACGUGGAGACCGGAGACCAUGAGUACAGCGAGGACUGCGUGAAACCGGCUUCGCCCGUGCCGGAAAGUGUGCCGGAGUCAGCCAUGAAGAUCAGUCACACCUCACCGGACAUCCCGAUGGAGAGCCAGUCCAAGACAAGGGAAAACUGUGUCCCCCACCGGCGCGUGCAGCGACAAAGCACCGAGCCCACAUCCUCAGUGAGGCACAUCUCCAUCCGCAGGCAGAUGAACCUGUCCAACCCAGACUUCAGCGUGGCCCAGUUUCAGAGGCAGGACUCCCUGACGGGUCUGGGUACGAUAAAGCCUGAGCUCUACAAGCAGCGUUCGGUGGACAGCGAGGACAGCCAGCAAGGGGACAGCUGUGGCCAGUUGUACUUCAUGCUGAAAUACGACCUUGACUUGGAGCAGCUCAUUGUGAAGAUCCACAAGGCUCUGGACCUACCAGCCAAAGACUUUUCAGGCAGCUCGGACCCUUAUGUAAAGAUCUACCUGCUCCCGGACCGUAAGACCAAGCACCAGACCAAGGUGCAUCGCAAGACUCUGAACCCGGUGUUCGAUGAGGUGUUCCUCUUCCCAGUGCCGUACGCUGAGCUGACAUCGCGCAAGCUGCACUUCAGCGUCUACGACUUCGACAGGUUCUCCCGCCAUGAUAUUAUCGGCCAGGUGGUGGUGGAGAACUUAUUAGAGCUGCCUGACAUUCUGAGUGAAACCAGGCUCUGCAGGGACAUCCAGCAUGUCAAGACGGACAAUGUAGAUCUGGGGGACCUCAUGUUCUCGCUCUGCUACCUUCCCACUGCCGGGCGACUCACCAUCACCAUCAUCAAGGCCAGGAACCUGAAGGCCAUGGACAUCACUGGAGCAUCUGAUCCUUACGUGAAAGUCUCUUUAAUGUGUGAAGGACGGCGGUUAAAGAAGAGAAAGACGUCAACCAAAAGGAACACGCUAAAUCCCGUCUACAACGAAGCAAUAGUGUUCGACGUCCCUCCAGAAAACAUUGAUCAGAUCAGCCUUUUAAUAGCCGUAAUGGACUAUGACCGUGUAGGUCACAAUGAGGUCAUCGGCGUGUGCCGGGUGGGCAGCGAGGGGGACAGCCUGGGACACCAUCACUGGAACGAGAUGCUGACGUACCCACGCAAGCCCAUCGCACACUGGCACCCGCUAGUUGAGUGGGCGGGCCAGGGGACCACAGGUGGGAGUCAAGGUGGGUCCUACAGCUCCCUAAAAAUACCUCCGUCACCAUAGCCGGACCAGCAGUAAAGCAGCGUGAGCAAAGGGGGAAAGAAGACUGAGCCCAACUGUGUGAUGAAGAAGAGACCUUUGAAUAUAGCAACGGUCAUAAACUAGGAAAACACGUUCAGAGAAACACGACCUCUGUGCCUCUUUUUUUAUUUAUUUUGCAUGGUGACAAACAACGCAUUCAGUUGCAUGGUAUCGUCUUCGUUUUAUCUCCUUCUUAAGAUAAAAUAUCCUGAAUUUUCCAGUGAAGCUUUGGGUUUAAACAGCAGUUUUUAUACUGUCGUCUUAUUCCAUAAUAUCUUCGCUUCGUUAGCUUGAACCUUUGACUUUGGUGCAUGAACUGUUUUCAUUCCGGAGAACUCCCUUCGCUUCUUUGUUUUCUUCGUUUUCUUUCAACGAUACGAUGUGAAAAUGUAUUAAAGUGACGCACAUUAACUGCCGUACCACAGUUUAUUUAUAGGCAUCAUGUAUGAAAUAUCAUUUUUAAUGUUUCCAAUUAAAACAUUAUGAACAACUGCUGAUGUUUCUCACUCACUGAUGACUGUUCUGCAGCUCUGGCUGUGGACUGAACCACCGACCGUC